UCUCAGCUGCUGCUCCAGUCGCUCCCUCAGCUGCCGCCGCCACCGCCACCACUACCGCCGCCGCCGCCGCCACCACUACCGCCGCCGCCAUGCUUUCCGUCCGCGUCCCGCUCGCCACCAUCGCAGACCAGCAGCAGCUACAGCUGUCGCCGCUGAAGGGACUCAGCUUGACGGACAAGGAGAACACGCCCCCGUCCCUCACCGGGACCCGCGUCCUGGCCAGCAAGACCGCGAGGAGGAUCUUCCAGGAGCCCGCCGAGCCGAAAACUAACGUUCCAGCUGCCCCCAGCGCGGAGGACGAACCGCUGCUGAGAGAAAACCCCCGCCGCUUUGUGGUCUUUCCAAUCGAAUACCACGACAUUUGGCAGAUGUAUAAGAAGGCCGAGGCUUCCUUUUGGACAGCUGAGGAGGUGGAUCUUUCCAAAGACAUCCAGCACUGGGAAGCCCUAAAGCCUGAGGAGAGAUAUUUUAUAUCUCACAUUCUGGCCUUCUUUGCAGCAAGUGAUGGCAUAGUGAAUGAAAACUUGGUGGAGCGAUUUAGCCAAGAAGUACAAGUUACUGAAGCCCGCUGUUUCUAUGGCUUCCAGAUUGCCAUGGAAAACAUACAUUCCGAGAUGUACAGUCUCCUGAUUGACACGUACAUCAAAGAUCCCAAAGAAAGGGAAUUUCUCUUCAAUGCCAUUGAAACAAUGCCUUGUGUGAAGAAGAAGGCAGACUGGGCCCUGCGUUGGAUUGGGGACAAAGAAGCUACCUAUGGAGAACGAGUUGUAGCCUUUGCCGCGGUGGAGGGAAUCUUCUUUUCUGGUUCUUUCGCGUCGAUAUUCUGGCUGAAGAAGCGAGGACUUAUGCCUGGCCUCACGUUUUCCAAUGAGCUUAUUAGCAGAGACGAGGGCUUACACUGUGACUUUGCUUGCCUGAUGUUCAAACACCUGGUACACAAACCGUCGGAGGAGAGAGUGAAGGAAAUAAUUAUCAAUGCUGUUAGGAUAGAACAGGAGUUCCUCACAGAGGCCUUGCCUGUGAAGCUCAUUGGGAUGAAUUGCACACUAAUGAAGCAGUACAUUGAAUUCGUGGCAGACAGGCUUAUGUUGGAGCUGGGGUUUAGCAAGGUUUUCAGAGUAGAAAAUCCAUUUGAUUUCAUGGAGAAUAUUUCACUGGAAGGGAAGACUAACUUCUUUGAGAAGAGAGUAGGCGAGUAUCAGAGAAUGGGAGUGAUGUCCAGUCCAACAGAGAAUUCUUUCACCUUGGAUGCUGACUUCUGAAUGAACUGAAUGCUCUUAGUUUGCUGAUUUUCCCCCCUUCUUCCCCCCCCAAAAUCAGCUAAAGUGAAUCAAGAAAGCUACACCAUGAAUUGUCAUUAAGGUUCAUUAACAGCAUCUAAAACUGUGUAGCUACCUCAGUCAAUCCUGUUGAUUGAUGUUACAGCGUUAUCUAGAAAGACAAAGCCUAUUUCAAACAAAAGCUGCUUGGAUUGUUAGGAAGAACUCGUCCCAGUUGGCUUUUGCAGGCAGGCUGUGACUCACCUUAGCGCUGGGCGCAGUCCAGGCUUCAGAGGGAGGUGGCCUCAGACUCAUGAUCUGCAACCUCACUGCUCCAGAGCAGGCUUGAAAGUUUACUUAAAACUAGUUUGUAAAUAAAACUGGCACUUUUUUUGUACACAAAUCAACAUUGUUCGUACUGUAUAGGGAAAAGUUGUCUUUAUUUGGUUUUGACACAAAUACAAGAAGUGUUCAAUUGACCACAAAUGGUAGCUCGUUCACAAUUUAUUAAGUGACUCAAGAGUUAAACUUGCAUCAGCUAAAUAUGCAGUUUCUAAGCUUGUUUUCCUGAAUGAAUUGAAAGGCUCUGAUCAACUUUAAAGCGUGUGCUCUAGAGGACAGACUGGCACCUACUGAUGCUAAUGACGGGUGGGUAGUAUGGAGGGGUGGGGGAUGGAGGGGCAUAUAUGAUCCUAUAGCCCAGGUGUGCCAUUACCAUAUAUGCUCCAGCCAAGACCUUCCUGAAAAUACCAUGGCGUUUGGUGCAAAGACCUCUAACUGCAUCAUUAGGAAUUGAGACCUCAUCUGGGCAUACUGCCAGUGGUUAGGUCUUAAUUCUUGGGAAAGGCAGUAAUGUAGUUUUCCAAUUGUACUUUGUCCAGUUUCUGGUAGGUAUAGGUUCUUAGAAAGGGCAUGGUAGGCCUGACUUAAGGCAGUAUUAACAAGCUUUUAGAUCAGCCCUGAAGAAAAGGACCCUCCCAAGUUCCUGCUGUUGUUGCCGCCAGGACUGAAAUGGGCUCUUCUAAAAGUUGUGUUUGUUCUGAUUUUGUGUGUGAAUAGGUACUGUUGAGACUUGAUCGACUUAUGUUUACUCUGUUCCUCAAAUUUAGAACUUUUUAAAAAGUAUGUCUUUUUAGGUUUAACCUAUUUGUACAUUGAAAAAAAAAUGGCCCAGUAUUAUCUUAAAGUUGCUAACAUUGUUACUGUAAUUCUACCAUUUGUCUAAAUGCCAGGCCACCUGGUGGUCUCCGUGGUGGAGGGGGCAGCGGGGGCAGCGGCACGUCAGCGCUUGGUGCCCUGCCCGUGUGCGUUCCUUUCAGGUAGAAGUAGGGACUCGCUGCGCAGUUCAUAGAGCUAGCUUGGCUUCAUCUGCUUUUGUUGGGGAGGGAAAAACAGGAUGUUAUGUGGAAGAUGCACAAUUGACCAUUGGCGCCACUCUGAACAUUGGUAACUGAUUGUAUUGUUUGACCGCUCAUCAGUUUUCAUCAUUUGUCGAUAUUUCAUUUCCUGUAAUGGGAUCCUUUUCUGCCUUUAAAUUAUUGUUGUUGAACAUUAAUAAAUCUGGGAUAUGUGGUCCUUA